GUAAAACUAGUUAAUUGAAUCCUUUACCCAAAUUUACCCAUUCUAUAGAGAUUGGUCUUUCACUCUUCCCUCGUCCGGUCAAUGUUCGGUCUGGUUCUUCUUAAAACGAAAACUACUCCGUAUCUUUUUGUGCGAUUCCCGGUUUCGGACACGGUCCUGAAUGCUUAUCCACACCAGAAUCCCAGGGACGAUGAGCAUCUCCUUCGCGGCGUCUCCUCCGAGCUUGACCUUUGCUCCGACGAGGGGUCUCAAUAAAUCCUUAUUUCACGGCGUCCGCAUAGCCCAUGUACGCCCUGCGCUGCCGGCCCGAACAUCGCACUCCUCAAUUGUCGUGCGAAUGGCUAAGAGGGAAGAAAACCUGAAGGAAAUCAGAUCUAAAACUACUGAAGAAAUCAACGAGGAGGUACUGGACCUCAAGGGAGAGCUCCUGAUGCUUCGAUUCCAGAAGUCUGCUCGCAAUGAGUUCAAUUGUCCUGAACUUCUCUGCUCUUUUCCUUUCAAGGUAUAUUACCAGAUUGCUAGGAUGCUCACUGUGAAGCGGGAAAGAGAGAUUGAGGAAGGGAUCGGCAAAAGGCUUUCAAGAAAGUUAGACAAAAAGUGGAAGAAAAGCAUUGUUCCUAGACCUCCUCCUUCGUUAAGGAAACUGCAAGAGGAGGCAGAUGCAGAAGCCAAGGAAUCAAAUUGAACUUGGAAACUUCUGUGUCUAGGUAUGAUGACAUGGACAAGGCUGGGCGAACUCGUCUCUUGACGAAACAACACAACUUUACGUACAACAUUCAAAUAUUUUGGCUAAUACAUUCGAAUGUAUGCGGCAGCUAUUGUUAAACAUUAUGUUUCAAUAGUUUUAAGCAUGAUUGAAAUGUUGGAUACUACACAUUCGAAUGUGAUGUGCCUUUUCGUAAAAGAUGUUGGAGAUAAACUACACAUUCGUUG